UGGCCUGAAAUCAGGGCCGACUUCGUGGAGGUGGUGGAACAACAGGCUGAGUUUGUGAGGGAUGGAAAGGGGACUGGACAACAGGGCAGGCACGUGGGGUGCUCAGCAUCCUGGCCCAAAGCAGCAAAGGAUGGAGCGCACAGGUGAGGGCUGUUCAUUAAUUCCCUGCCCAUGGGGACACCUUGGAAGGGUAUACUUUUGAAGGAAACUAGUAAAAUGAGUAGAAAACAGCCUCCAAACAGCAGAGCACUCACCAGGAGGCUCGUGGCCCACCGCCUUCCCCUCAACUCUGGAGAAGGAUCAUUGCUCAGUGACGGAGCACUUGCAGUGCACCAGGCACCGUCCGAGCCGUUGGAGAGAACAGCGUGCACACAUCAGACACGUGGCCCUCUCAGGGCUGAGGUUCCGACUUAAUCUCUCGGAACUUGUGACGUGCCGGUCCGGAGGGGUGGUGGCCCCCAGCCCACUGGACUUUCCUCCCCGCGGGGAUGGGACGGUCUCAGGGCAGCAGUAAGGGUUGUUCAAUCUUGGGACCCCACCUGGGGCCUUGCUCUACAUAAGACCACAGGCAGUACGCGCUCCUGAGAGUGCCCACCAGGAACUUGGGGGUCGUGCUAUAUGGCUUGAGGUCGUUGCUCCCAAAAUAGUGGCAGGGGGCACUAACAGUGGAGGGGGCUGCUAACUGGGCUCGGCUGGGAAGGUGGGGCAGGAUCCGACUUAACGGACGGCGACUUCCGGGAACCUGCGGUGUUACUGUGCGCAUGCGCCUCCUUCCGGGGAGGCCCCGCCCCCUCCGCGUAUUCCGGCUCCGCCCCCGGUGCGAGCGGGCCCCUGGAGCCGGGAGAAAAGCGGUGAGCACGACUCUGACAGCAUGAGUUUGGAGGCGAUCCGCUACUCGCGGGGCUCACUACAGAUCCUCGACCAGCUGCUGCUGCCCCAGCAGAGCCGCUAUGAAGCGGUGGGCUCGGUGCGCCAGGCCUGGGAAGCCAUCCGUGCUAUGAAGGUGCGUGGCGCCCCAGCUAUUGCCCUCGUGGGCUGCCUUAGCCUCGCCGUGGAGCUGCAGGCAGGCGCCGGGGGACCUGGCCUUGCCGCACUCGUGGCAUUCGUCCAGGACGCGCUGAGCUUCCUUGUCACCGCCCGGCCUACCGCCGUCAACAUGGCCCGCGCCGCACGGGACCUGGCAGAUCUCGCGGCCCAGGAGGCGGAGCGGGAGGGCGCAACUGAGGAGGCGGUCCGAGAGAGAGUGAUCUGCUGGGCCGAGGACAUGCUGGAAAAAGACCUCCGGGACAAUCGGAGCAUCGGGGACCUGGGAGCCCACCAUCUCCUAAAGCGGGCAGCACCCCAGGGUGGCAAGGUGACCGUGCUGACCCACUGCAACACUGGUGCGCUGGCCACCGCUGGCUAUGGCACAGCCCUAGGUGUGAUCCGCUCACUGCAUAACCUGGGCCGUCUAGAGCACGCCUUCUGCACGGAGACUCGGCCCUACAACCAGGGAGCCCGGCUGACAGCCUUUGAGCUGGUCUACGAGCAGAUCCCCGCCACCCUCAUCGCCGACAGCAUGGCGGCAGCCGCCAUGGCCCACCAAGGCGUGUCAGCUGUUGUCGUGGGAGCGGACCGCGUGGUUGCCAAUGGCGACACAGCCAACAAGGUGGGCACCUACCAGCUAGCCAUCGCAGCCAAGCACCAUGGCAUCCCCUUCUAUGUGGCUGCCCCUAGCUCCUCGUGUGACCUCCGCCUGGAGACAGGCCGGGAGAUCGUCAUUGAGGAGCGUCCCGGCCAGGAGCUGACUGACAUCAAUGGGGUCAGGAUUGCGGCACCAGGAAUUGGGGUUUGGAAUCCUGCCUUUGAUGUCACCCCCCACGACCUCAUCACUGGCGGCAUCAUCACAGAGCUGGGCGUCUUUGCCCCCGAGGAGCUCCAGGCAGCCCUUAGUGCCACCGUCUCCUGAGUGGAACACCCUAGAUGGACCCCAGAAGUAACCAACCUAGCUCUCCAUAGCUUCCAUAUGCCCUCCAUAUCCCCAUUAUUUUUAUAAUAAACUUAUUGAAUGUUCUGCA